AUGGCGAUGAACUCCGUGAAACCGAUCAAAUGUGUUGUGGUUGGUGAUGGAACAGUCGGAAAAACUUGCAUGUUAAUAACUUACACAACAAAUUCAUUUCCUGUUGAAUAUGUUCCAACAAUAUUCGAUAGCUAUGCAGUUACGGUGCUGAUUAAUAAUCAACCGCAUACUCUAGGACUCUAUGAUACUGCUGGACAAGAAACAUACGAUCGGCUUCGACCACUGUCUUAUCCGGAAACAGAUAUUUUUCUUGUUUGCUUCAGUGUUGUUUUACCACCUUCGUUUUCGAACGUUCGAGAUAAGUGGUUACCUGAAUUAUCUCAUCACAAUCCCGGUACACCAUGUAUCUUAGUGGGUACUCAAAUCGAUUUGCGCGAUGAUAAACCAACAGUAGAUAAACUACAAAAUAUGUAUAAACAGCCACCAAUAUCAAAAUUACAAGGAGAGAAAAUGGCUAAACAAAUAAACGCAGUUAAAUAUCUUGAAGUAUCAUCAAAAACACAAGCUGGUUUAAAAGCGGUAUUUGAUGAAGCGAUAAUGACUGUAUUAGUUCCAAAAAAGAAAAAACCUCGAUCGCACAACUGUGUCGUUUUAUAA